GUGUACGUCUGGGUGACGUUAGGGUGCCUUCAGACAUGUUCCUCCAUCAGAGGAUAGGUACCUGCCUACAACGCUUCCUGGCGCAGAAGUAAAUGCGACAGCUACGGAUGGUGUAAUUCCUCCUCCCCCAGUACUUGAAGAGCAACCAGGAGGUAAUCCGCCGUUCUUGGUAAUGCCUGGACCAAGUGCUGCCCCUGCUGCUGGUCCAUCACAGAUCAAUGCCCCCUUCCCGGUAAUGACCGCUCCUCCUCGUGCACCUUCCGCAGGCCCACAACAUUUUCACCCAAUACUCGCCAACCUAUCAAGGUUUCUUCCCCCAUUCCCCCCACCGAGUAUUACACAACAACAACAUCUACCCAACCGCCACCCAUCUACACGAAGCCCUCAAAUAUCUCCCUGCCCACCCAACCAUCGCCAACCAAAUCCGCCUAUGCGUCAACCUGAACGACGUCUACCCCCUGUCCGCAGCCAACACGGCCUACGUCCGUCCAGAUUGGGGAGCAAUCUUCCUCGAUGAGAUGGAGAUG